GCCGUGCUCGCUAUUAUGCUAGCGCGAUAGCAAUAUUGCGUAAUAAUGUGUGGUGGCGCGCAAGUGUUUUCUAUGUAAUACGGUGUCGUUCUAGUUCGGGGCGCAGAGCGCAAGCGUCUCAAAGAGGCGCAGACAUGACCGUUCUCGGAGACUUCUUUUCCCACCCCUUGGACUGGCGAUGGAUCACCACAGCGCUGGUCUUCGUGGUAACGUACCUGGUGGGACGCUUCUACCACCGGGUGUCCAAGUACCCGAAGGGACCCUUCCCACUACCUCUUGUCGGCAACCUGCUGACUCUACGCAACGUGAGCAACUUGCACUCCAAGUCAACCGAAUGGUCUAAGACAUACGGCGACGUCCUCACCUUGUGGAUGGCCCACAGGCCUGUGGUGAUGCUGAACAGCUACUCAGUUAUCCGGGAAGCAUUUCUGGAACGACGGCAUGAUUUCGCUGGCCGCUUCCCAACUAGAACGGCCGCAUUGCAAAACCAAGGCAGCCACGACAUCUUGUUUGAGGAUUACAACCCCCAGUGGAAGGCGCUUCGGAAGGUCGCUUGGUCAGCUGUGAGGCGAUACGCUGUCAGCGAGUCGUUGGGAACGCUUUGCACCGAGACCGUCGACGCCUUUGUGGACUCCCUAAAAGAUAGAACGCAGAUCGUGGACUCAAGGAAGCCUAUCCUCUCUAUGCUCUGCAAGGUCAUAGGCGUGUCUAUAUACGGCAAAAGGUAUGUAAUACGAAUAGGUGACGUCGAACAACUGGAAAACCUCAACCGCCAGUUCUACGAAAUUUCCCCCAACGGACUACCCAGUGACAUCGCGCCCUUUCUGGCCUUUCUCUAUAUUAAGAGGGAGAGAAAGAUGGCGGCCCUGUUCUGCGAGUUAAAGGAGAUCUUUCGCAGGCUAGUUCACGAAAGCUGAGGCAGCCUACAUUCCAGGUAACACAGAGAACUUCACGCACGCCAUGAUGACCGCCCGAGAAGAAGCCAUCAAGGAAGACAAAGCUGAUGCGCAGUACUUGACCAAAGACAACAUGAUUCUCGUUACAAUGAACCUCUU